GCCCCGCUAGACUCAAGUUUGCUAAGCUGUUGCCUUAGCACUAUUGGCCAUCAUAACCUCAAAAUUACUUUUAACUUGAUUCCUGGAUACUGAAGGUACUCUUUACCUGUUGCAGACACUACGGUAGAGACCAGGUAUGAAGACGAAUCUCCCAGCGAGGCCAGUUCUCCCACCGCUAGGACCGAGACCAAUUACCGGGGCAUCCACAUCACCUUCCCCAUGCAGAGGAAGGAUCUGGACCAUCUGAUAGAGUCCUUCAGGAAAAAGAAGCAACAUCGGCUCCACGCUAAGUACGUGGCUGGGAUCCUGAAGAACGCUUGCCAACAGCUGAAGAAGUUGCCCAACUUGAACCAGGUGAGCACUGCCAUAUCCAAGCAAGUCACCGUCUGCGGCGAUCUUCAUGGCAAGCUCGACGACUUGCUUAUUAUAUUCCACAAGAAUGGUCUUCCUUCGGCAGAAAACCCUUAUGUCUUCAACGGGGAUUUCGUCGACCGGGGCAGGAAGGGUAUGGAAGUCUUCCUGCUUCUCCUAACCUGCUUCCUCGUCUUCCCUGAUGGUGUCUACCUCAACAGGGGCAACCACGAAGAUCAUGUGAUGAACACAAGGUAUGGAUUUAUCCGGGAGGUGAAACUGAAGUAUAAGCACAACGCAGACAGGCUGCUGAAACUCAUCGAAGCAGUUUACCGAUGGCUUCCAUUGGGCACUCUUGUCAACAACAAAGUCCUUAUAGUCCAUGGAGGAAUUUCAGAUGCAACGGACAUCCAAUGGCUCAAAACUAUAGACAGGCACAAGUAUGUUUCGCUUCUGAGGCCGCCAGUCAUAGAUGGAGUUGCAUCAACAUCAGAGAAUGUCAACAAACUGGAAUGGAAACAGGUUUUUGACAUCCUCUGGUCAGACCCGCAGCGAGGCGACGGUUGUGUUCCCAACUCUCUCCGAGGUGCUGGUACUUACUUUGGACCUGAUGUCACCGAAUCCUUUCUUAAUAAGCACGGUCUACUUUACCUUAUUAGGUCUCAUGAAUGCAAACCUGAUGGGUAUGAGAUCACGCAUGGGAAUAAGGUUAUAACAAUAUUCUCUGCUUCAAACUACUACGAGACUGGAUCAAAUAAAGGUGCUUAUUUAAAACUAGUCGGAACAGAACUUAAAACGCAUUUUGUUCAGUUCAUGUCAAGUACAAAAUCAGGUCCAUCAGUCCUUACUUUCAGGCAGCGAGUUGGUCUGAUUGAAACUUCUGCUAUCAGAGAACUUACGACCAAAAUAAACAACUCUAGGAACAAACUUGUUCAACAAUUUAGUACACAUGACCCAGAGGCCAAAGGAGUGAUCACCGUAACGGAGUGGUGUGAUAGCAUGAUGCAGGUCACCGGACUCAAUCUUCCAUGGAGGAUGUUGCGGAGUAAAUUAGCAACCACUGAUCCAUCGACAGGUCUUGUCCAUUAUAUGUCCACAUUCCAAGAAAACAUUACCAAAAGAGAGGUCAGUAAAGCAUUAAGCUACCUCAGUUUUUUCAAGACUGCUUGUUUUAACAUCUCAAAUAUGUGUAAUUUCUCAGGAUUUUCAUAA